CGGAGCGCAGGGACAAGCACAAUAGAGCGCCACAGGACUGCAUUAACGCUGGUAUGUUACACUCUGCAGCCUGUCAACCAGACACACAGGCAGCCUGUCAACCAACCAAACAGCCAGUAAAUCAGUCAGUCAUCCCUUCAGUCAGCCAGUUGGUCAGUCACCAGCAUAGUACAAGUGUUGGAGCCAGAAGGUUUCUGGUGGAGUUGGAGGAGUCCUCUCGGCAGCUGGCUGUUGGAUGAGGAGCUGUCCACAAGAUGAUGCUGAAGAAGGUACGCUUCAAGGAUAUCCAUGUGUCAGAGGGAGGGAUUGAUAACCCAGUGGACAUGGACAGCCUGAACCGGAACGUUCCACCAGAGUGUGUUCGUCAGAGCCACCAGGUCCUACAGAGUACUCCUCUGGACCUGAUUGAGACUGGGAAGGGGUUGAAGUUCCAGGCGGAGCGCCCCCAUCUGGUGAGCCUGGGUAGUGGUCGCCUCAGCACAGCCAUCACCUUGCUGCCCCUCCCUGAAGGAAGAACCACGCUGGGUCAUGGCCCCAUGGACAUCAGCAUCCAGGGGCCAGGGUUGGCAGCCCAGCACUGCUACAUAGAGAACCGAGGAGGGCUCAUCACCCUCCACCCCUGUGGAAACACCUGCGCCAUCGAUGGCCUCUCAGUCACCCAGCCCACACGCCUGUCUCAAGGUUGUAUGCUGUGUUUCGGCCAGUCGGCCUUCUUCCGUUUCAACCACCCAGAGGAGGCGUACAGGAUGAAGAGCAUGAUGCCUGAAGGAGGGAGGGGCUCCAUAGGAGGCUACAGGCUCCUCACAGACUCUGAGAGCCUGGCCAAUGGGAACCACCAGCCUGGCCUGGCCCAGUCUCAGCCCCAGCCCCAGCCCGCCCCUGGAGUCCGGACAGAGCACAGCGCCAUUGUCAGCUCCAUUGAGAAGGACCUCCAGGAUAUUAUGGACUCUCUAAUCAUGGACGACCCUCAGCCAUCUUCCUCCGACUCCAAGAAGCCCCCUGGUGGCCAUCCCAUCCCCCACUCCCCCCUCUCCCCUCUCUCCCCCAUGGUUAACGGAGGGGGCAGGUACCUUCUGUCUCCCCCAACCAGCCCAGGAGCCAUGUCUGUAGGCUCUAGUUAUGAGAACACCUCCCCUCCCUUCUCCCCCCUCUCCUCCCCCUCGGCAGCCAGUAGUGGCAGUUACACCCCCUCCCCUGGGGGGGCCCCCCUGGAUCCUUCUCUGCCCCCCAUCCCUGUCCGCUCCUCCAGCUACAACUACUCCACCCAGCCCCCCAUCCCCCAGCCACGGACCACUCUGUCCAGCUACAGUGGCAGCAGCGGGGGCCAGAAGGUUCAGGAAAGUCCCAGGCUUCAAAGGAAGGCCCUGCUGGAGGCCCCGCCAAGCCCUAAGCCAGGCCGCAGGAGUCUUGGCCAUGACGGGUCAGAGAGCCCCAGACAGACCCACCUGCUGGCCUCCACCUCCUCCCUGUCUGAGGCUGGGUCUCACAGCAGGAGCAGCGUACCCAGCAGCCCCCGACUCACUCCCAAGUUCCCCCAUUCCCCCUCUGCCUCCCCCUCCAGCCCCAGGUCCAGGUCGGGCACCGUCCUCCAGGAAAGGCCCGCCAGCCCCUUCAGGGAGCAGGCCAGCCUGGCUGAGCGGUCCCUCUCCGCCAGCCCCUCCCGCCAGUUCGCCCAGCCCCCCCGGCCCUUCCAGCCCCCCCUGGACCCCAUCGUCCACAUCAUCCAAGGAGCCCCUCCCCUUCAGCAGCACCCACGCUCCCUCAACCCCCCCGAGAGCCCCCGGCUGGUCCGCAGGAACCUGGAGCUCAGUUCAGGGGGGGGCAACAGCAUGAGAGAGCUGCCUCCCCUCAGCCCCUCCAUGACCCGCAGGGGGAUGGGGGUGCCCGUGCUUCCCGGGGCUCUCCCAGGGACCAUCCCAACCCUCCGGACCCCAGACAGCCCCUCUGGGCUGGGCAGGCUGGUGCCAGAGAGCCCCAGGCUUCGCCGCAAGGCUUCCUCUCCUCCGGAGGAGCAGUUUGGCAGGGGAGGUGUACGAGCCCGCUCCCCCUCUCCCACAUCAGGUCUGAUUCUGGAGGGCGGAGGCGGUGGCGGAGGAACGGGGAGGAAGGCCAGCUUUGGGAACGCCCUCUCCCCCGCCUACAGCCUGGGGUCCCUGCCUGGUUCCUCCCCCCUGUCCAGCCCGCGGGGGCACCGGAAGAUGUCGGCGGGCGCCAGGGAGCUGCGGGGGAUGCACGCGGGCAUGCGGGAGAGGAAGAACAGCAUCUCGGAGAUCAGCGACAACGAGGACGAGCUGCUGGAGUACCACCGGCGUCAGAGGGACGAGAGGCUGCGAGAGCAGGAGAUGGAGAGGCUGGAGAGACAACGUCUGGAGACCAUCCUGAACCUGUGUGCGGAGUACAACAAGGUCGACAGCCCCAGUCCUGGUUCUGGUCCUGUUCCGGGGAUGGGUCUGGGGAGUGAGGGGGGCAGGAUGGGCUUCCCCGUGGGGCUGGGCGAGGCGUCCGUCCGACGGGGCUCCCUGGAGAACCUCCUGGCUUCGUCUCAGCUGCGCCUGGCCCAGAGGCAGAGGGAGAGCGACGAGGACAACCAGAAGGAGGAGGAGUGCAGCAGCACGGAGAGCACCCACCAGGAGGUGAGGACCCCCCCUCCUCGCUCCCCAGGGAGGGGCCUCAGCAACGGAGACAGACAGCAGGAGGACUCGGGGUCUGGGUGUGGGUCGGGCAGUGGGGGUCGACUGGAGCUUGGGUACCUGGAGGAGGAGCGAGUUCGGGUUCUGGCCCGCGUGGACGAGCUGAAGACCCGGCUGACUGAGCUGGAGCAGCAGCUACAGGAGUCCAAACAGGAGGCGGAGAUGGAGCGUGCGCUGCUGCAGGGUGAGCGGCGGGCCGAGCAGGAGCAAAUAGAGGCGGAGUCAGAGAUCAUCGCUCAGCUGCAGCACAAGCUCAGCGAUCUGGAGAACACCAUCCAGCGAGCGAAGCACAAGGAGAGGGCUAACGUAGACGCGGAGCGGCGAGCAUUGGAGAGCCAGCAGGAGAGCUUGGCCGAGCUCCAGAACCAGCUUCAUAACUGUCCUGAGUCCCUCAGGGAGCAGCUGCAGGAGCAGCUCAAGAGGGAGGGAGAGGCGCUGGAGUCAGGCACCAAGCAGUUUGAGGACCUGGAGUUCCAGCAGCUGGAGAGAGAGAGCAGCCUGGAGGAGGAGAGAGAGACCAUCAGCCAGCAGCUGCUGCAGGAGAGAGCAGAGUACCACAGCAGCGUGGCCGACAGGAAGGAGAAAGUGUCGGCCCUGGAGAGUCAGGCUAACCAGCUGGGGCUGCAGGCUGCUCAGGAGUGUGACAGGCUGGCCAAGGACCGCAGCCUCGUUCUGCAGAUGCUGCACAAGGAGAAGGAGAGACUAUCGUCCCUUGAGAAGAGAUACCUGAGUCUGACCGGAGGGAAGAGCUUCCCAAAGUCCUCCAGCACCAUGAAGGAGCUUGCUGGCUGUCAGGAGUACUUGAAGCUGUCCGACGUCUAUAAGAUGUAUGGCAGCGGUAACCGCGGCAACCUCCCGCUCGCCGAUCCCGCCCCGCACGACCCCUUGCUUUCGCUAGAUGCCCCCAAAGAGGAGUAUGUGACUGUGAACCAGUUGAGUCAGAUGUACGGGAUGCCCAAGGUGGAGUCGUCCCCCACCUCCCCUCUCCGCCAACCCCUGCACCCCGGACUGGUAGACCCCGCCUUCUCCUACCUCCCCUCUCCACAUGGCUCCUCCCUCUCUCUCUCUGUGGAGCACUACCAGUCUGAGGGCAGUAGGCCUCAGAUCCCCGGGCUAGAUUUAGAACAGUGGUACCAGGAGGUGAUGUCUGCUGGGCAGGACGGCCAGCUCUGCCCUCCGCCUCUGCCAACUAAGUCUCUCUCAGGCCGCAGGCCGCUGCAGGUGUUCCGCUCCAAGCUGGACAGUGAGGCGGGCCAGACUGUGCUGAGAUCCAAGCCGGGUUCUGGAUCUGGUUCUCCGCUGCAGUACGGCGCAGCUACUCUGGGACGCAACACCUCCAGGAGCCCCCUGCUGGUGGCCAGCAGUACAGGCAGCCUCCCCAGGAACCUGGCUACCACUCUGCAGGACAUAGAGACCAAGAGACAGCUGGCUCUGCAGCAGAAAGGUCAGCAGGUGAUCGAGGAGCAGAGGCGGCGUCUGGCUGAGCUGAAGCAGAGGGCCGCGGUGGAGGCCCAGUGCCAGUGGGAUGCGCUCCACGGCUCCCAGCCCCUCCUCUACGCCCCCGCCGCCCCUCCCAUGGUGCACCACUCCAUCCUGCACCACCAGCCUGCCGCGGGGGGGCCCGGGGGGGAGCGGCCGUACGACACGCUCAGCCUGGAGAGUUCCGACAGCAUGGACACCAGCAUCUCCACCGGGAACAACUCGGCCUGCUCCCCUGACAACAUGUCCAGUGCCAGUGGGAUGGAUGCGUUGAAGAUCGAAGAGAUGGAGAAGAUGUUGAAAGAAGCCCACCUGGAAAAAGCCCGACUCAUCGAGUCACGGGAGCGAGAGACCCUCGCUCGGCGUCACAUGCUGGAGGAGGAGAGGAGGAGGAGGGAGGAUGUGGAGAGGAGGCUGCAGGAUGAGACUUCACACCGGCUGCAGCUGGUGGAGAAGGAGGUCAAGAUGAGGGCCAAGAACUUCUCACAGGCUCGUCCAAUGACACGCUACCUGCCCAUCAGGAAGGAGGAGUUUGACCUGCGCUGUCACGUGGAGUCGUCUGGCCACAGCGUGGACACCUGCUACCACGUCAUCCUGAGUGACAAGAUGUGCAAAGGCUACCUGGUCAAGAUGGGGGGAAAGAUCAAGUCCUGGAAGAAGCGCUGGUUCGUCUUCGACCGCCUCAAACGCACCUUCUCCUACUAUGUCGAUAAACACGAGAGCAAGCUGAAGGGUGUUAUCUACUUCCAGGCCAUCGAAGAAGUCUACUACGACCACCUACGCAGCGCCACCAAGAGCCCCAACCCAUCUCUGACCUUCUGUGUGAAGACCCAUGACAGGCUGUACUACAUGGUGGCUCCUUCGCCUGAGGCCAUGAGGAUUUGGAUGGACGUCAUUGUCACCGGGGCGGAGGGAUACACGCAGUUCCUCAACUGAGGUCAAGCGGGAGGGAUACACACCUGAAACUACAGACAAAGGCCCUUCUAAGGCCUCGUUCUCUGUCUCCCAGCACUGGGGAAAAGCCUUUUGAUUUUCUAUGAUUUUGUUACUUUUGAUCAAAUAUUUUUAAUCCGCAUCUUCACUUUACAUUAUAGACAUUUUCAACACCAUUUUUUUAUACUAUAUUGCCUUGUUUGGGAUUGAAAAAGGGAGCCCAGUAGGAUAAUGACACACACAAGUAUAUACAGUAAACCAAAAUGUAGUAAUGACAAAGCCUUUCUAUAUUGCCAAAUGGGGAUCUUGUUUUAGUUACAGUUUUACGAAACAAUUCUGUUAUUUUGUGCAGAAUUUUGAAAGUUUAAUUUUUUUUACACAUUAUAUUGUUCAAUAUUGCCAAAUGAUAUUAUGCCAAUGUUUUCUCUAUAAUGGUCCAUCAAUGGAAUGCAAUGAAAUGUUCCAGUAAAUUGUGUUUAUCCAGAAACUCCAUCUGCAAUGGAGAGGUAUAAUGAUCUAAGAGAUAUAUUUUGAGACCUUAUUUUAUAUGUCGUCUAUCAAUGCUUAUAGAGAUCAGUGAGGCUGGGACUACAAUUACCAGUGUCCGUAGACAGCAGCUCAGGAGUCUAUGUUUGUAGUUCUCACAAUCCAAGUCCACUGUUGAAACUACACUGUGUCGAUCUUAUUUUGUCAUGUGAAAACAGUGUGAAAACACAUGUACACAAACACACACCUAAAUAGAGGAAGGCCCAGUCUGUUUGCCAAGUCGUGCUAACUUGACCCCCAACAGGAAGCAGCCAUCCACCACUGCCAGCCUACAACAGCGAGAGGCACACAGGAGCAAACACCACCCAACACUCUGUGCCUUGAUCACCCCAGUCAUAAUCCUAGUCUGAGACUGUCAAUCUAGCUACAUCCUGCUGCUGAACUAGCCACAAUCGAAGCUAAUGUAAUACUGUGUUUUUAUACAUGUUAAACAAUGGUGAUGUUUUGACAGACUUGCAUGAAUGAUCUGUCUGUAGGGAAAGCAGGGUCUAUCCCUUGCCCUAGUUGUAGUAACCGCAAUACUGGAGGGUUAUAAAAAGAAUUGGGCAACUAGACAUGUAUACAUUUGGUUUGAACAUGGGUGGGGUCAAACAUUUCUAUCAACCCAUAUGCCAACACUACCCUGCUCUGUCACUAAUUAUGUGUGGGGAUGUUUCAAUGGUCUAUUGACAUUAGUAGGCUCAUGUCCCUACUGUCCACCUUGAAACCUAUGACCAGAUCCACCUAGAACAGACAAGGUCCAGUCCAAACUUGACCCUACAGCUUUAAGAAUCUGGACUGACCUGGUGUCAUUGUGAUGUCGAUGAUUGCGACAUUGUGAAGGAUUGAUCAGGCCGUGAUCAAUCGUUACCUUUUUUAAUGUUUUAUUUUUUAAGAGGCGUAUGUGCGUUCGGUGUGUUUUAUUUUUUGGUGGACGACUACAGUGACUCUGAUCAUGAGACUGCAUGCAGGGGUCCACAUCAUGACCCUGAGGUAGGGAUCUUCUGUGUUCUUUAUGUAUUUAUCUUUUAAAUGAUGCCUGAGAUAGCAUAUGUCAGUCUAGAAAGAAAAGUGAUAAAAGACCUUAAUAUAUAUUCUCCUUCCUGCCUUUUCUCCCCCUUGCCCCUUCUGGGCUCAUCCAAACUGUUCUACAAUUGUCAGGAGGAAUCAGAUCACUGUUAAUGAUAAUUGAUAUUAUCCUUGUUAGAAAAUAAACUGACUUUUAUACUGUAUAGAUGAAUGCCUGUAUGAAAAUUUAGUUUUUUCAUCAUUGACUGUCAUUGAAGAACUUUAAUGGUCACAGUACAUAUCAGUGGAUAAAGUGUUGUAUCAAUGCACUGUGUUUGUUCAUUCAGCUGAACACACACUCAGAGAAGAAUACAAACACACACACACAUAGUCAGUAGAUUAUCACACUGAGUAUAUAACAUCUGACUGGCUCCUGUCAGCCUGCCACCAGGUUAUGUUGACAGUAUUGGUAUCCUCUGUUUAAUAAGGUACUUCAACGUAUGGAAUUUGUACGAUCUAGUAAACGGAUGUUGCAGAACC